UUGUCUAGGCCACUAUCCUUUACUACUUUCUAUAUAUCUUCAAUUUACUUUGUCUGCCCCUCUGGUUGAUAGACACAUUGGGCAUGUGACGCAGCUAAUGGACCCACUGUCCAGCACCCUUUACUAUUUGUCAGUUCCAUUAGAAAUUCAAAUCAGUUCUUCUAUCAAUUUAGAGUUUGGUAUCUUUCUCCAAGUCCGUCUAAGAAAUCGUUGUGUAGAAAGUCGUGCUUACUAUCUAGGAUCUCCUCCGUCGAAGUUACUUUUUUCCUUUCCUUUUCAUCUGUUAACAACCAUAAAGUCUAAUUUCAUGUUGUAAAUUGUAACUGAGAAUUGCUGUGAUUAGAUUGUCUUACUCACUUUCUUGAGUAUUCAGUGCUGUCCUGCAUUGUAUGAUAUACUUAAAGCCAAAACAUAUUUCUUAAACCUCUGCCGUGUCUUUCACGGUUUGAUCAUUGUUGCACAUAAGAUUUGAGUAAAAGCAUCAGAAUAGGGAAUUAGGAGCAUUCAUUUGAAAGUAACAGUUUAGUUUAAAUUAAGUUUUACUUGACAUAGCCUUAAAGAAGCUUUUCGAUAGUAAGUUUCCAGAAAAGUUUCCGGGGAAUUUUUGUUGUGUGGCAACUUGUUUGUUGUUUUCCUGCCCCAACUGAAAAUGAUGCCAUAUACCACUUAGAAUUACCCAAGAUUUUUUAGGUUUAAAAUGAGAGAACUCCACUCAAAUUUGAGUCCUUACAACAUGCUGUACCAAGCUGUUGCUCCUUGUAUAGAGUGUUACCUCCACAACUAUGCUAUAAAAUCAUGAUAGUUAGUGUAGCAAUUGCUGGAAAGCAGAAAACAAGAGUAGUAAUACUUCUGAAAUUGCAGAAAUUUAAGUAGGAAAUUUUUGUUUGGACUUUUAUAGGACCUGUGGCAAAUGCAUCAUAUAUACUUGGAUGCCUUAAAGGAUACUCUCAGUUCUACAUUUUCUGAAGUGAAGAGCAAGGUCUCCUUAACUCCGAAAACUGGCUGAGUCCUAAGUAAUGUGGAGAUGUCUGGUGACCAGUCAAGUCACGAUGCUUGUUUAUUUUGUGCAGCAAGAAGAUUGGCUUGUUCUUAUCGAAUCAUAUGGUGGUCAAGCUAUGAAUUUUGGUGGUGAUGUUUCACAAGAAGAAGAUGUAGAAUCAAUGAUGAAAACCGUGGUUGAUCGAUGGGGAACAGUUGAUUUUCUUAAUAAAUAAUGCACGUUCACAACAGUCAUACCGUCUCGUGAUUAGUUUAUUAUAAUGAGAAUGAAGAAAUCUCAGUGGCAGGAGGUUAUUGACUUGAAUCUGACUGGAGCUGCUGCUAAAAUUAUGAUGAAAAAGAAAAAGAAAAGUCAACAUACCCUCUGUGGUUGGUUGCCAAAUGCUGGGCAAGCCAACUAUAGUGCAGCAAAAGCAGGAGUGAUUGGAUUGACCAAAAGUGUAGCAAAAGAGUACGCCAGCAGGAAUAUAACUGUUAAUGCUGUGGCCUUUGGAUUCAUUGCAUCAGAUAUGACUUCCAAGCUAAGUGAAGACAUUGAGAAGAAAAUUUUGGCAAGCCUCCCUGUAGGACGAUACAGCCAACCAGAAGAAGUUGCUGGAUUGGUAGAAUUCCUGGCACUCAGUCCUCAGCAAGCUAUAUUACUGGACAGGUUCUUACUAUUGAUGGUUGAAUGGUUAUGUAGGAAUUUUCAGCAUUCACAUUUGGUUUUCCUAGACUGGGACCGAAAGGUUGAUUGAUUAUACUAAUGUUGUAGGUAUAGAGGAAGGUAGACUCAAUAGUUAAUAUCAUGGGAGUAGGCGGCUUCCUAAUAUCCUCAUCCUAUAUUUCCGGCUUGCCUUGUUACUUUCUGUUAACCUGGGGAAGCAAAUUUUGUAAAUUGCUUGGCUUUUUGCAUUAUCUUUGUCCUGUUCCAACAGCAAAAUUCAAGUCUUGGAAUGGACGUUAUAAAUAUUAUGCACUACUUAUAUGGGUUUAACAA